AUGAUGCAAUAUGAUUUCGCUAAUCAAUCGUCUAUGACCAAUGACUUGACAAUGGAAGAAAAUAUUCAUUCAUAUCCAAUCUAUCAACAAGAACACAAGUAUUAUUCAGCUGUGUCCAAUAGUAUGAUACCAACAAGUGAUCUUUGGCAAUCAUCGUUAUCAAAUAGUAAUGCAAGUUAUCAACCUGUAUAUUUUCCUUCAUCAGUGGAUUUUAAUAAUUCAAAUCAAUAUUCUUCAAUAGAUAAUUAUAAUUUCGAUUAUCAAUCAUCAUCGGAUAUUUCAUCAACUCACCUGUUUGACCCAUAUUCGAAUACAUUACCAGAUAGUUAUUCAAUAGACCCGUACUCCACUCAAACAACAUAUAAUUCAACACCAACAGAAUCAUCGACAUAUAUAACACCAACGGAAUCCUAUCAAAUUCUUCAUCCAAUGUAUGCACAUUCGAAUGUAGCUGCUCCAUCAUCAACAUCAUCAUCAUCUAUGGAUAUAGAACUUGAUUACUCAUCAACAACAGCAAGAUCAUCGUGGCACAUAGAUACAAUGAAAAUGCCUAGUCAUGAUGUUACAUCAACACCGAACUCAAGCAAACAACCAUGUCUUGUAUGUCAUGAACAAUCGUCUGGAUAUCAUUUUGGUGCAUAUACAUGUGAGUCAUGCAAAGCAUUUUAUCGACGAGUAACUAAAGAUCCAAACAUUGAAAUCAAACAUUCGUGUGAAGUUCCAUUACCAAAUAUAACCAAAUCAAAUCGAAAAGAUUGUCGUGCUUGUCGUAAAGCUAAAUGUGUUCGAGUAGGAAUGACAAUCGUAUCAAAAGAUCGUUUAUCGCGAACCAAAACUCCAUCGAAAUCAUCAUCCUUAAUGCCAAUAACUAAUCUACUUGAACAACUUGCAUAUGAUCUUACUUAUAAUCAAUUAUCGACAUCAUCGGCAUUAGAAAAUCUUCUCCAUUUACUUGAUUUACCACCAAUAAUUACAAUCGAUUUCGAUUAUCAUUCUCUUUACAUGAAUGCAAUACAAAUUUGGAGAAAUCAAUACAAUCAUUUUUCACAAAUUUUCACUAAUAUAUCAUUAAAUGAUACAUUUGCUGUACUUCUUUUUCUAUUCUAUUCUCUUAUGAUAAUGAAAGAAACGAAUGAGAAUAAUUCUACAAAUAAUAUUAAAUUUGAUAAACUUGUUCAUAUACUUCAACAAGAAAUCAAUCGUAUAACAGGCGAAGAUCAUCGAUUGGCUUGUCGAAUAAAAGCUUUAUUUAUGAAAUGUUACGUUGCACUUGCUCAAUAUUAUCCAAAUAGUACAAAUUCAUUUAAUAGUAAUUACAGUUCACAAACACAAUCCAUUCAAUAA